UUGAGAGACUUUCCUUUGGCCAACCUGCAUUUGCGGAACCACCUCUUUUACUGCAGCUGUGCUUCAAGAAUCUUUAUAUCCUACGCAGAGUAUCGUCAAAACUGAAAAGAUGGAAACAUAUUUUAUUUUGGUGGGUCUGCUCUCUAUUUGCAGCCUCUCCUUUAGUCAAGAAUGUAAUCUGCAGCUUCUGGAGAAUGUGGAUUUCCCAGGAACAGACAUAACAUUUCUCUACUCUCCUGAUGUUGAGCACUGUCAGCACCUUUGCACCCAGCACCCCUCCUGCCUCUUCUUCAGCUUUCUUCGAGCUGACUGGACCAGAGAUAACAGGAACUUCUACUGCUACCUGAAGUCCACGCCCUCCGGAGAGCCCACUGUUCGGACUCCAAUUCUGGGCAUCACAUCUGGCUUUUCUCUCAAACAAUGCUACCCAUACAUAAAUCCUUGUCUGUCUCAGGUGUACCAGAACGUGGACUUCUUUGGGGCCGACUACCGAGCCUUGUUCACAGCCGACUAUGAGGAGUGUCAGAGAGCUUGCACAAAAGAUCCUGCCUGUCAGUUCUUUACUUUUGUGAAUGGGGACUUCACAUCGGAGAAGAUCAGGUUCAAGUGCCACCUUAAAUUCAGCUGGGCAGUACCGAGGACUCCUAUUGUAGAGACAAAGCCUGGUGUAGUAUCUGGCUUUUCCCACAAAACACAAAUAACUCAAAACUUUCCCACAGCAUGUGAGGGCAAGCUUUUUCCAAGCACUACCAUCCCAGGAAACGACAUCGUGGUUCUGCCUGCUGCCUCUCCUGGACACUGUCAGACAUUGUGCUCUACUUAUCCACUCUGCACCUACUUCUCUUACGUCAGUAACAACUUCACCUGUUACCUGAAGAACAAUGCGAAUGAAAUGGUGACCACAGCUAAAGAGGGAGUCACAUCUGGGAUACCAGCACGUUUCUGCCAGCUUGAUGACGACUGGGUUAAGGUGGCUCACGAAGGAAUAGAUUUCAGGGGUUCUGACAUUCGCUUUGAGCUGAUGGAUGAUGCAAACGCAUGUGAGAGGACCUGUACUGAAGAUCCUAACUGCCAGUUCUACAGCUAUGUCGGUGAACGCUUCUCUGACAGAUUUUACUGGCGCCGCUGCUAUCUCAAGCGUGUCAUCACCAUGCCUGCACCUCCUAAAGUCACCAAACUGGCCAAUGUCGUGUCUGGCUUCACCCAGAACUGUGUGUAGAGUGCUCUACCAGCAGAUGUUAAAAUAAAAUGAUCCAGUAAAAGAUUCAGCACCAAGCAAUCUGUGUGGAUGAGUUUAUUUACAUGUGACAGCAGAACUUUUCUCUCACUUCCCCAUUUCCUCACUCUGAACCCUAAUCUUUUCCUCAUUCAGCUUGAUCUAACUUUUUCAUGUCCCCUUGUUUCACAUGCACACUCAGACACUUCCCUCCUUCUGUCUUCAUCUCUGCUUCCUCCAGACCUGGUUGUUUGAUUCUUUAAUUAAUGCACUUGGUGUGUUGGUUGUUCCUAACAUAAUUUGAUUGCUAUUUAAGCUGCAGAUGAGUCUCUGUGUGUAAACAAAAGCAAUAAAACAGAAACCAGUUUGCUAUCA